CAGUCACCCCUUGGCCGCCUGUAGUAUAAGCUAGGCAGCUGCAGGUGUUCUAAUCUCUGGGUAAUUGAGGUGCCGUAGGGCAGUAGUCUCUAGCAUAUCUCGGGGACCAGGCGGGGUGACAGUACUCCAGACGGGGAAGCACCUCAUUCCUGAAGAUCGUUACGAGUUACGAUGUUGAAAAUGUACGCGGUGAUAGCGGUGGGGCUGGUAGUCCUUCAUCAGGGACAGUGUCAGCCAGUACCCGGGUGUUGUUACUGCGUUGAUGACAGUGGAAACAACGUCACCGCUUUCUGGUCAGAUCGUGUUUCCCUUUGGUGGCAACGAGUCUACUGGGAUAAUAGGUGGGGUUGGAUCCCUCAUCUCUGGAUUGGAACAACUUGUACAGAGGAACACAAGGACCAUACAGUUGGCGCUUGCUUUGAGGCAACAGGUUAUAAGGAAUCUUGCUCACCUAAACGAGUCACCUAUGAAGUCACCUAUGGACCCCGAACGGCCUGGAUCACGUCAGAGCACCUACAGGCGAGUGCGUCAUCCAAGUGUGCUGGGAUGGGCGGCGACUGUUCAAGGCUACAGUUUGUGACCCGUGCUGAGUGGGGGGCUCGUGACCCAGUGUCUAGGGAACCCAUAAUUCCCCCAUUCAGCGGGGUGUUCGUCCACCACUCCGCCAUGGCCAGGUGUAACACAAGUGAGGAGUGUGUCGCCGAAGUACAAGAAAUACAGAAACUCCAUAUGGAUAAAAACGGAUGGGAUGAUAUUGGCUACCACUUUUUGGUUGGUGAAGAUGGUAGAGUGUAUGAGGGUCGUGGCUGGAACGCUCGCGGGGCACACGCACGGGCGCACAACGCAUGGACCUACGGUAUAUGCGUGAUGGGCAACUAUGUCAUGGCUUUACCCAAUGACCGAGCUCUGACGGCCUUGAGGGAUAUAAUGGACUGUGGGGUAAAACAGGGGAAAAUAACCCAGGGCUUUGAGGUGUUUGGCCACAGGGAUGGAGUGUGUACUGAGUGCCCAGGACAGAUGUUGUAUGAAGAGAUUCAGACGUGGCCUUACUACUCUCACAGAACUAUACCUAUUUACUGUUAACCUGCUACUGUUAACCCAUUACCUUACUGCUGUUAACCCAUGACUACUGUUAACCCAUUACCUUACUGCUGUUAACCCAUGACUACUGUUAACCCAUUACCUUACUGCUGUUAACCCAUUACCUUACUGCUGUUAACCCAUGACUACUGUUAGCCCAUUACCUUACUGCUGUUAACCCAUGACUACUGUUAGCCCAUUACCUUACUGCUGUUAACCCAUGACUACUGUUAGCCCAUUACCUUACUGCUGUUAACCCAUGACUACUGUUAGCCCAUUACCUUACUGCUGUUAACCCAUGACUACUGUUAACCCAUUAUCUUACUGCUGUUAACCCAUUACUACUGUUAACCCAUUACUACUGUUAACCCAUUACUACUGUUAACCCAUUACCUUACUGCUGUUAACCCAUUACUACUGUUAACCCAUUACCUUACUGCUGUUAACCCAUUACCUUACUGCUGUUAACCCAUUACUACUGUUAACCCAUUACUACUGUUAACCCAACACCUUGCUGUUGUCAUACUCUCCUGCCUUCGUAUACACGUUAGUCAUCAAAGGGUUAAACCAUCCACCUCAAAGGGCUGAACACCAUCCUCAGAGGAUUAAACCAUCGUCCUGAAAGGGUUGAACUAUUGUCCGAAAGGGAAUAAAACAUCAUACUCAUAAGGAUUAAACCAUCGUCCUGAAAGGGUUAAACCUUUAUUCUCAAAGGGUUAAAUCUACCUGUAAUUGUACGGUAGAAAAAUACGUUCACCUUUUUGCAGUUUUUCAUUUAAUUACGUUUGGUUAUAUAGUUGAUUCGGAAGUGUGGAUAAUUAGGUAAUUAAUUGAUAAAUAACCAUGAUUACCAUUUAGUUAAUUAUUAUCAUUAAAAAAAUCAUAAUAGUGUGUUUUUCUGAUCUUGACUGGGAUAUUUCACAUUAGCGUUAAUAAUGAUAUAUACAGUAUUGAUUAAGUCUGGUGAAAUAUAUGGUGGUGAAAUUGAAAAUAUUAUUAUAGUGGUGUAAAAAUAUUAGUGCUUUUAUUUUCCAUUGUUGGGUCUAUAGAUGGUGUAUUGGGGAGUGGGGUCGCGUGAUGUCUCGAGUUCACAGGUUCGUAUGUCUCUGGGUUCGUGAAUGGAAUAGGAUUUUUUCACCCGAUUGCUUUGUUUGAGAACUCGUGCAAACAAACUACCUUAUUAAGUCAUUAGACGAGAGUUGAUUGGCCAGAGCUUCAUAAUAUUAAUGUGAAAUUAUUAUUGAAUAUGAUUAUUAUUAUUAUUAUUAUUAUGAUGAUGAUGAUGAUUUGAUAUUAAACUAAAUAAAUCA